AUGGGCGGUGGCGGCAACCUCCAGUCCCCUCUCGCAACUCUCGGUUCCAACAUGCAGCAGAACCUCCCGUCCUCACUCUCCUCGCAGCAAGCCGCGCCACUCAUUUUAAACAACCUUGCGCAGCAUCUCAACAACCCGCCCCCACCAACGCCUGGCCUCCCGUCCACGCCGAGCGGCGCGCAGCAGUCGCACCAGCUCUCGGCCGCCAUUGCGCAGAUGGGGAAUAGUGGCGCGCCGUUCUCAACAAGUACCGGCAAGCUCUUAUUGUUGCCUAAUGGCAACCCGCCUCCAGCAGGGAGCGAAGAGGAGAAGAUCUAUCUCCUCAUCACCGAGCUGCUCGACCCUGAGACCCGCGAGACUGCGCUCCUUGAGCUCAGCAAGAAACGCGAGAUGUACGAGGACCUCGCGUUAGUGCUAUGGGGUGGAUUUGGUAUCAUGUCCUCACUCCUCCUCGAGAUUGUCAACGUCUACCCUGCGUUAUCGCCGCCUGUACUCACCGCGCACGCGUCGAACCGCGUCUGCAACGCACUCGCCCUCUUGCAAUGCGUCGCGUCUCACUCGGAGACGCGAUCCUUGUUCCUCAAUGCCCACAUCCCACUCUUCCUCUACCCCUUCCUCAACACGACCUCCAAGACGCGCCCGUUUGAAUACCUGCGUUUAACCUCGUUGGGGGUCAUUGGCGCUCUCGUCAAACAGAACGAUAACAGCGACGUCAUCAACUUCCUCCUCUCGACCGAGAUCAUCCCCCUCUGCCUUCGUAUCAUGGAGACUGGCUCGGAGUUGAGCAAGACUGUCGCCAUCUUCAUCGUCCAGAAGAUACUUCUUGACGACCUUGGGCUGCAGUACAUUUGUCAGACGUACGAGCGUUUCUACGCUGUCGGCGCCGUGCUCGCCAACAUGGUCUCGACGCUGGUGGAGACUCAGGCGGUCCGCCUGCUCAAGCACGUCGUCCGGUGUUAUUUGCGCAUGAGCGACAACCCCCGAGCGCGCGAGGCUCUCCGCGCCUGCCUCCCUGAGCCUCUCCGUGACGGCACGUUUGGGGGCCUCCUCAAGGGUGACCUAGUGACCAAGCGCUGCCUCCAGACGCUCCUCGUCAACCUCGACGGCCGACAGGAGUAA